AUGUCUUCGUCUAGCGACGCCAGUCCCGGCAACUGGAUCACUGGCAGCUACACGGGCGAUAGUAAUGGCGUGCGCAUCACGAUCGCGACCUUUGUGGGCGUCGCGUGGUACAAUGUGAUUGAGCUGAUUGUUCUCAUCUUUCUCACAUUCAAGCGCUAUCAAGGCCCUUACUUUUGGAGCAUGCUGAUUUCCUCGGUCGGUAUUCUACCUUACUCUGUCGGUUAUCUGAUGAAGUUCUUUGCUUUGACCUCCGCCACCUGGCUGCCUGUCACUUUGCUCACGGUGGGUUGGUGGACCAUGGUCACCGGCCAAUCAUUUGUCUUGUACUCACGGCUUCACUUGGUGCUCGAAAAUCUCCGUGUGCUGCGCCUGGUCAAGGGUAUGAUAAUUAUGAAUAUUUUCUUGCUUCAUAUUCCCACCACCGUGCUCACCUUCGAUGCCAAUUUCUCCAACUCCGAAGCCUCGGUCGCAGGGUACGACAUUAUGGAGAAAAUACAAUUGACUGGCUUCUGCGUCCAGGAGGUGAUCAUCUCCAGCUUAUACAUGUGGGAGACCAAUCGGAUGCUGAAAUUAAAUCCCGACCGCGGUAGUCGCAGAACAAUCCUGCAGCUGCUCGCCGUCAACGUUUCUUGUGUUUUGAUGGAUAUUGCCCUGAUGGUAAUUGAGUUCAUGAACUUUUAUAUCUACCAAACCACCCUUAAGGCGACCCUCUACAGCAUUAAACUGAAACUGGAAAUCGCUGUUCUGGGAAAGCUGGUCAACAUUGCUCAUCAACAUGUCUGGCAAACACCUCGCCUGGAUCGUGGUCGGUUUCCUUCGUUCGUCGACCCCUCGCAGAUUCCCGAUUUCAAUGAACUCGACUACAAUAAUCCCGAAUCCUUGCCGUCAAGCCAGGCAACAAGCCAGGGCUUCAAAGGGCGCUCGACUGGGCUAGAGGCUAUUUAA